AUGACUGCUGUUGUGGCGAUGAGCACGACGACGUCACCAAAGACUUCGCUUGCCAAGCUCGUGCUGUAUCCUAAGCCGAAGCCUUUCAAGGUCAUGGUAUUAGGUCAGUCUGGAGUCGGUAAAUCAGCUCUCGUCGUUAGAUUUAUUACACGAAGAUUCAUCGGCGAAUACGAUCCCAAUUUAGAGAAGAUCUACGCAUUCCAAACUGUCAUUGAUAACGAGAUGGUUUAUUUUGAAAUAUUAGAUUCCGCUGGAGAAUCACACGAAAGUGAAUACGCGAAUCUCGAGAGCAACAUACGUUGGGCGGAGGCGUUCAUUCUAAUGUAUUCGGUCACGGACAAGUGCUCGUUCGACGAGUGCCACCGACUCAAAUUCCUCAUCAACUACAACAAGAGGAGACGCCGACUCGCUUCCUCUAUGAGGGAUUGUGCUAUAGAAACCCCAGUGGUUAUGGUUGGCAACAAGGUAGACCAAGUCGGCGACCGAAUGGUCACAACUGAGGAGGGCCAGCGACGAAGCAAAGAGAUCGGCUGCGUGUGCUUCCACGAGAUCUCAGUCAGGGAGAGUAUUGACCAGGUAUGGGGCGUAUUCCGUGAUGCGCGGCGAUUCUGGCGCGUGAGCAGCAAAUGGUCGAAGAGAGACGGUGACAGACAUCCUGCAACACUGGGACGGCCUCUGGCACGGGCGUCUUCUGAUACCACACCAGAUACUAACGCUGCACCACCCUUCUGUCGUCGAUGGACAGAAAUGGAACUAGAUGAAGAAGACGAAGUGUGUGUCGGUCGCAGCGAUUCUACAUCAUCGUCGGGUCGGUCGGAGUGUGGGGACGAGUUUCGAGCCCGAGCCAGCACGGACUCUCGCCUCCCACCGAGACCAGCAAGGCCUAGACAUCCUCUACCAACGCGGCCGUUCCCUGCACCAGUUAGAAGAAUGAGCGUCGCCAUGAGAGGAAACAACGCUAGCACAUACUAA